CAAUCAGAGGCGAGAUUCUCACGUAGCAACACCAAUCAGCGAAGAGGGACUGGCCGGUUGCGAGGGUAGUGUUAGUGUUGAUGUGCAGGAGCAAGUGUUUCCUUCAGGCUCUGCUGGCUGCUGGGUUUGUCAACACUGACCUGGUCCCCGGCUCCCGACUCCCACCAACUCCCACCGGUUUGUUUCAGCUUCCGCAUGUCGGCAGGUGCAAACUAGCCUGCGAGCUGGAUCCCAGCCGUGCGUGAAAGGCAUCUCUGAAAGCGGCAACAUUAGCGAUGCCAUCCCCGAUGGAGGGAUCCUCCAGAGAAGGUGACCUGUUCACUGUGAAACACGAGCUGAAACACGCCAACCUGACGGGCCAUGUAGAGAGAGUGGGCAUUGAAAACUUUGAGCUAUUAAAGGUGCUGGGCACAGGAGCAUACGGCAAAGUGUUCCUGGUGCGGAAAGUGAGCGGUCAUGAUGCGGGGAAGCUGUAUGCUAUGAAGGUCUUGAAGAAGGCCACUAUUGUACAAAAGGCAAAAACUGCUGAGCACACACGCACAGAGCGGCAAGUCCUGGAGCACAUCCGCCAGUCUCCGUUUCUCGUCACACUUCACUACGCCUUUCAGACAGAUACCAAGCUGCACCUUAUUCUUGAUUAUGUAAAUGGAGGGGAACUCUUCACACAUUUGGUGCAACGGGUGCGAUUUAAAGAGCAAGAAGUGGCCCUGUACAGCGGAGAGAUAGUGUUGGCACUGGAACAUCUACACCAGCUUGGGAUCGUGUAUCGGGACCUGAAACUUGAGAAUAUUCUACUGGAUUCCAAUGGUCAUAUAGUUCUCACAGACUUUGGCCUCAGUAAGGAAUUUGAUCAGGUGGAAAGGGCUUACUCUGUCUGUGGCACCAUUGAAUACAUGGCUCCAGAGAUUGUGGAGGGAGGAGAGUCUGGACAUGAUAAGGCGGUGGACUGGUGGAGCCUCGGCGUGCUGAUGUACGAGCUCCUGACUGGAGGAUCCCCCUUCACAGUUGAUGGAGAUGAGAACUCUCACACGGACAUUGCCAAGAGAAUCUCAAAGAAGGAUCCUCCUUUCCCCAAAGAUAUGGGACCACUCGCCAAAGACCUCAUCCAGAGACUCCUCAUCAAAGAUCCAAAGAAGAGAUUAGGCUCAGGUCCGAAUGGAGCAGAGAAUGUAAAGAAACACCCUUUUUACCAGAAAAUUAACUGGGAGGACUUGGCAGCUAAGAAGAUGCCUGCUCCAUUCAAGCCAGUGAUUCGGGACGAGCUGGACGUCAGCAACUUCGCAGACGAGUUCACAGAGAUGGACCCCACCUACUCCCCCGCAGCGCUGCCUCAGAACUGUGACCGUAUCUUCCAGGGCUACUCUUUCAUGGCCCCUUCCAUCCUGUUCAAGAGGAAUGUGGUGAUGGACGACCCUGUCCAGCUGUGUGGGGGCUCUGAGAGGCCGGGCUCUGCUGCGGUGGCCCGCAGCUCCAUGAUGAAGGACUCACCCUUCUACAUGAGCUACGAGAUGGACUUGAAGGACAGCGCUCUGGGAGAGGGCAGCUUCUCCAUCUGCAGACGCUGCACGCACAAGAAGACGGGACAGAAAUACGCAGUCAAAAUUGUCAGCAAGAGAAUGGAAGCACAGACGCAGCGGGAAAUUGCAGCCCUGAAGCUCUGCGACGGCCACCCCAACAUUGUCAAGUUACAUGAAAUUUACCACGACCAGCUCCACACGUAUCUGGUUCUGGAGCUGCUCGGUGGAGGGGAGCUGUUGGAGAGGAUCCGCAGAAAGCAACAUUUCAGUGAAACGGAGGCCAGUCGCAUCAUGCGCAAACUGGUGUCCGCUGUCAGUCACAUGCAUGAUGUAGGAGUGGUGCACAGGGACCUUAAACCGGAGAACCUGCUCUUCACAGACGAGAGUGAGAACUCCGAGAUAAAAAUCAUAGACUUUGGCUUUGCACGCCUCAAACCACCAGACAAUCAGCUCCUGAAGACUCCCUGCUUCACGCUGCAGUACGCUGCACCAGAGAUACUCAAAUAUGACGGCUACGAUGAGUCCUGCGACCUGUGGAGUCUUGGGGUCAUUCUGUACACCAUGCUGUCCGGUCAGGUGCCUUUUCAGUGUCAGGAGAAGAGCCUGACCCACACCAGUGCGGAGGAGAUUAUGAAGAAAAUCAAACAGGGGGACUUCUCUUUUGAGGGAGAGGCCUGGAGAAACGUGUCGCAGCAGGCCAAAGACCUCAUACAAGAGCUGCUGACGGUGGACCCAAACAAGAGGAUUAAAAUGUGCGGCCUCCGUUACAACGCCUGGCUCCAGGACGACAGCCAGCUGUCCUCCAACCCACUCAUGACCCCGGACAUUCUGGGCUCCUCCACUGCCUCCGUCCACACUUACGUCAAAGCUACCUUUAAUGCAUUUAACAAAUGUAAGCGGGAAGGAUUCCGCCUGCAGACGGUGGACAAGGCUCCGCUAGCCAAGAGGAGGAAGAUGAAAAAGACAAGUACCAGCACAGAGACCCGCAGCAGUUCCAGCGAGAGCACCCAUUCCUCCUCCUCCUCCUCCCAGUCUCAGGAGAAGACUUUUACAGAGGGCGACACCAACCCGCAACCCCCCAACAGCACUCCUCUCACCACCCCUGUCAACACACCUGUGACCCUGGGAACAGACUCUGAGCACCAACUGGCGCCUCCAGCGUUUCACUUCUCAGAAGGACAGUGAGACAACGAGAGGAAAAAGGGAGAUUCAGACAGUUUUUCGUGAACAGCAGGAAGGCUCAGACCUUCAGAGACGGCUCUCUUCUUUUUUUUCUCUGUCCCUGGCAGCUCUCUGCCUCUGGCUCAAUUGCAUGGACGUCUGCAAGUCUCCAAAACCAAGCAUGCAGCAGGAGCAGCAAUCGUCACCUCAGUAUCAAAUCAAUCAAACCAUCUCUAGCAAUAGCCUGUCCCUUUCUUUCUCUUUCACCUUUACACACAGACUGUAUCAAUCAGGGACUGGACCAGGAAGAAUAUGUUACCGGUGUCCAAAAUGAAAAAGGGCUGCCCUCCUGCCGCACGUCCAGACAGACAAUGGGGAGACACCUUCAAUCUCAUCAUGAAAUCAUUGCUCUGUCCGCUCCAUUUGCCCGUGUUUGUCGACGCCUUCAGAGGUUUCAAAGGGAAAGUCGCAGUGUUUACACCAUGGAUGCUUUGUAUUCUUUUGUCAAAGGGAAAGAAGAAAUGCAACGUGCUGCAGCGUAACGUAAAGAAACGUGGGUCCACGAAGUCUCUGCAAGAUGGAGCAGGGUAUUUAUAUGUGAAUUUUACAGACUGAAAUUUAUUUAUAAUAAGCUAUAUUGUUAACUUAUUUAUGGUUCAGAGUGAUCUGAAAAGAAACAAUGGAUAAAAGAGAUAUUUUAUGUUUGUAUGUAUGUUGUUUCCUGUCAGCUCAAAAGACUGUUUCCAUGUAGUCAGGCGGUUGUUUAGAUCUCGUUGUAGUCUGCAGACAUCGAUGCUUCAGACACAUCUUGUUCGACAGAAAAAGCAAAAAGAGAUUAACACAUAUUGAAUUUAUGUAACAGACUUUUAAAAAAAUAUUUAUGAAGCCUGGUGAAUUUUGGGGUUCAACUGCAGCUGUGUCCAGUGGUCAAAAAAAGUCAACUUCCUUACAUGUAAGGAUUAAAGAAGCAAAAGUCAACAUGUUUUUGUAGAAACAACCAAAUGUGGAUGUAGUGUGUUCAGAGAUAAUCUGUGUUUUAUUGUUGUAUGGGGAAUACUACUGUCUGAGAGGAUGUGAAUAAGAAGAGCUAUAUUUAGAGUUAUGAUGCACCGCUGCUGCUGCUGCUCUUCUACACGGUGUGAUCCUUAAAUCAGUAUUUAGCCCAGCAGUGGAUUUGCCUUGUGUUGUAUAAAAUUUUAAUUGUCUCACUACGGCCAAUUGGAUUGAGAAGAACGUUACAAACGGAAAAUCCAGAUCAGCUUAGCGUCAGGUGAAUGACGCUGAGUGUACUGAGAUGCCAAAGGGUAGCUUCAAGUGGCUUCCUUUUUAAGAUUGAAUGAGUCAGAAACAGGAAAAGGUUUACGUGCCAAAAAAUGCAAUUAAAUAAUUUAAGUGUCAGGAGGUUAAGGUUGGUGAAGCAGUAGAAUAUUUUAAGUGUCACCGCCUGAAGUCUUAAAACUAAUUUAAAAUCACCCCUUUAUGAAAGCAUCCAGGUUUCUGAGGACAGACCUAAAAAAACCGGAGAUCUUUGCACCGUGUGACAGCUCCCACUUCGAGGAAGAUAUAUCUGGUUAGUUAGUCCCCGGUGCUUGAUGUGAACUGAAACAUCAGCCUCUUUAUUUUUAAAGGAGAUUCUCACUUGAUGUAUUGUGAGUUUGUUUACUUGCAUAUUUAAAUAUCCCUGAUUUAAUUCUAGACUUUGAAGUUUUACUGGUUCAAGUGUGAUGGAUGUAAACACCAAAACCCUGUUUUUCCAAUAGCCUGAAUAUUGUAAUGUUCCAGAACUGGUUAGAUAGGAAGGUAAUUAAAAUGCCAUGCUCUGUUAGUUAUUAUUAUUAUUAUUAUUUGCAAGUGUGUGUUGUACAUGUCUGUAUCCAUGGUAGUAGUUGAAAUGAUGUAUUCAGUUGUACAGGGGUAUUCGUGAUCAGUAUGUGAAGUUGCCUAGAGACAGUUUCUCCUGCUCAGUUAGGAUACAAAUUCGUAGUCGGACGACUGGGUGCAUUUAAACACACUCCCUCAUCUUCUUCCAUUUGAAUGCACUCUGAAUCUGAACCAAAGCAUUAACGUCAAGGUAGCUUCUCUAAGCUGCAUGGGAUAUUUCCUUUCACGCAAAUAUGCAAUGAAAUGCUUCAUAUAUCGAGGUUCCUGUUUUGUUUUGUCCAGCUGGUGAAAUAUUUUAGAUGUUUCUCGCACAGAGGAUUUUAUAACUUUGUUUCUUCAUAGAUUCUUUACAGGAUCUAGUAUAUAGUAUCCUUGUCCAGCACAGUAUCAUGCUUACAACUAUGCAUCUAUUUUAGCUUUUGUGUUGCUUUAGCCAUUUUAAAAACCUCAGCAAAUGGGUUCAAACAUAGUGCUUGAAAGGGUGUGAGGCAGAUACUCUACUUUUACUCCUGCAAAAUCAGCCACAGCAGAAAUAGCAACGUUCGUUGUUCGUAUAGAAAAAGCUGGAAUUCUUGGAGCUAAACACUACAAGGCUCUCGUCUAACUUCGUACGCAUGAGUUCCCCGUCGCUGCCUCAUUAAGCCUCUUUUCUUUUGUUUGGGUGUAUAAAUAGCUCAAGUGGAGGAAGAGGAAGAGUGUCCUAUAUUGAGCUCCCCUCGGGGAGCCAGGCUCUAUUAGCUGAUGUGCUGCAGUGCAGUUUUUUUCCAAAGAAAAUACCGUGCUCCACUCACUGCCUCUGUGGGACCAGGCUCACUGUCUUUGUAGGGAAAAUACCAGUGUAAAACAGGAAAGGGUUAGUUUAGUACCAGAGUCUCUUGGGGCUCGUUUUCGAUCUAGUGCCCUCCCUUUGAUGAACAGUCGAUGUUUAGCGUGUCACUCUGAGGAGAGGGGAGGGGGGGAUUGGAUCUGACGUCCUGUUGUCUUUGAGUUUUUGUGUCAAUUCGCUGGAACUUGAAUGAAAAGAUCCCGAUCUGCCGACAGUGCUUCCUCUUUUUUUAAAGGUUGACGGCACCACACCUCAUGAGCUAAACCUUUAAACCUUUUUGCAGCAGAGUUAGAGGGAUGACAGUCGGAACUGUUUUGUAUUUCUACGUGUUUUAGAGUCAGAAGAUCAGGCUUGGGACGUUUAGAGUCGACACAUCUGUAUUAGUGUGUGUUUGCUCCACAGCCAGAUGUGGCGGCCAAAGCUAGAAGUGACGUGUUGUUUGUAAAACACUUGCUCAUGUGGAUGCAGGUAUCUUUAAAAGACGUUUCAACAGAUGUGGUCGGGGGCGGUCUUUAAACUCUGGUCGGCUUUCAGUUUGGGAUCCUGUGGAACUGUCCAUGGUGCUGAAAUGGCCAAACCUUUGGUGGUGCUGCCUCAUCGAUCAUCAUCAUAACAAUAAUAAUCACAAAUGAUAAUAAUGAUCCUUUAAACCAGUGAGUACCACGAGUACUUGUGGCCUUUUUGGGGUACUUGUAAAGUUUUGUUUUUUUUUUAAUUUAUAGCAAAGAUUUCCAGCUUCUGCUCCAAGAUUUAGUCAAAUAAAUUGAAACUUGACGAAGAUUAGUUAAAGAAACAAAAUACACAAAGCCUAAACAUUAAAAACUUGAGGAUUGCUGUGUCAAUUAUGAGAAUAAAACAAGUGAAGCACAAAAGUUUAAGAAUAUAUUAUUAUAAACUAUGUGUACUGAGACAAAAACGUUAGAGACCACUGAUUUAAAGGGUCAGUUUGAAAAAUAUAAAUAAAAAAACCUGGGAGAACCUGUUUUUUUGGGGGUGAGCUGAACCUUUACAUUUCUUUGUGGGGAUUUUAUUUGUCGUCACCCCGACCAGAGAGGUCACAGCACAUGGUCAGUGUAGAACGUUACCUUUAGCAAGAACUUAAACAUGUGUUCUUGAGUUAAUUAGAUUAACUGAGCCUGUAUUGAUCUGUGUAAUGUUGGUGACAGUGUUACUUGAAAAACCUGCCACUUUAGGCAUCAUCAUCAUCAUCAUCAUCAUCGUCACCCCUGCUAUCACCAUCAUUGCAUGUGCUCUUGCUCGAUUCCUGUCAAUCGACACUGAUUCACAUCAUUAUUGAACCGUGUCAAAAAGUACUGUAGCAGUGAAUGCCUUGGAGAUUGGUCAAUUAUUAAACUGUUUUAAAAACAUGCAAUCAAGCUUUAAAGGGCAAAACUUUGCACUUGUAUGUUAUUUCAAUCAUUCAAUUGAUUUUUAUUCUGUAAAAGAGAAAACUGUCAAUCUUUGUUUUUGUGCAGGUUCAGACGUCUGUUUCUGUUGAUAGCCGGUGUUUAACAUUUCCAAUACGACUUGUUCUAAUACAAAGUUAGUACUUUUACCUACUGCAGAGGUGAACCAUGUGCUUACCUGCUUCUUUUAGGGCACUGUGAACAUCAUCAUUCAGGUAUUCAGGCACAACAUUGAUAAUAUGAGGAAAACACCUUGAUUUGCUUUGAUAAAUGCUUUACUUAUGCUGGCUGAAUACAUGUGUACGUUCAAUAACCUGAAAACAGUCAUGAUGAGUCGUUUAAUAGAUCCUCGGCUUAUUGUAUUUUCAAGUGUAUUUAAAACAUUACUGAAGAUAUUUGUGAUACCAGGAUUUUUGUGUAUGAGUUGUCAGAAGGACAAUAAAUGUACGAUUUCCUGCUCAUUUGUUGAUCUCGACUGUUAAAUGAAGUAUACCAGGUAUUCUUAUCAUUUAAAGGGUUAGCGGGCAUGAAAUCCUUA